ACACUUAUUGACAAAAAAAACCUCAACUAAAAGAUGACAUGACGGAAUUACCCCCUUGAAGUGACCUAUUGAACCCUAAUCUUUGGCCAGAAUACCAAUAAUGUUCUCUCUCUCCCCCAUCUUCCGACGUUCAAACUGCCCACCUACUGGUUCGAUCUACCCUCUCAACCUCUGAUCACUCACUCUCUUCUCCAAAUUUUCAAGUUUCUUGCAGAGAGUUUGGUGAUGAGAAUCGUCUUUAGGAAGUUUACAGUCGGAUCCGUCCGCACUUUGGAGAUGCGGUUUUUGUAAAAGGAUUUCUUUGCUUCUUGGAAGCACAAAGAUUGGAAUUGUCAAGCAAUGCAUUGAAGGAGUAAGCUUUCUGAGUGUUGUCAUGGCAGACUAUACAUUUGUCGUUGGCCAGGAGUUCCCUGAUGUUAAGGCCUUCCGAAACGCGAUAAAAGAAGCUGCAAUUGCGCAACACUUUGAGCUUCGUAUAAUCAAAAGCGAUCUUAUUCGAUACUUUGCCAAGUGCGCCACGGAUGGUUGUCCAUGGAGAAUUCGUGCCGUGAAGCUUCCCAAUUCCCCAACCUUUACAAUACGAAGCCUUGAAGGAAAUCAUACUUGUGGUAGAAAUGCACACAAUGGGCAUCAUCAAGCUUCUGUGGAUUGGAUUGUCAGUUUUAUUGAGGAACGCUUAAGGGAUAACAUUAACUACAAACCUAAGGAUAUAUUGCAAGACAUACAAAAACAGUAUGGGAUCACAAUACCCUACAAGCAAGCUUGGCGUGCAAAAGAACGGGGCCUUGCUGCAAUUUAUGGAUCUUCUGAAGAAGGGUAUUUCCUGCUUCCUUCUUAUUGUGAGCAACUAAAGAAAUCCAACCCUGGAAGUAUGGCAGAGAUUUUUACUACUGGCAUAGAUAACCGGUUCCAGCGGCUCUUCGUUUCGUUUUAUGCGUCCAUAUAUGGAUUCCUGAAUGGUUGCUUGCCCAUUAUCGGGCUUGGUGGAAUCCAGCUUAAGAGCAAAUACCUCGGUACUUUGCUUUCGGCAACUUCUUUUGAUGCUGAUGGAGGGUUGUUUCCGCUUGCAUUUGGUAUUGUUGAUGUGGAAAAUGAUGAGAGUUGGAUGUGGUUCUUGACAGAGUUGCAUAAGGCGCUUGAGAUAAACACACAGAAUAUGCCACAUCUAACGUUUUUAUCUGACGGGCAAAAGGGCAUUUUUGAUGCAGUAAGAAGGAAAUUUCCAAACUCUUUUCAUGCAUAUUGCAUGCGCCUCUUGACUGAAAGCAUUGGCAAAGAGUUCAAGAACUCAAGGCUGGUCCAUCUUUUGUGGAAAGCCGCCUAUUCCACAUCUACCAUUGGUUUCAAAGAAAAAAUGGCUGAACUCGAGGAGGUAUCUUCAGAAGCUGCAAAGUGGCUGCAACAGUUUCAUCCUUCUCGGUGGGCGUUGGUGUACGCUGAAGGAACGCGGUAUGGUCAUCUCUCAUCAAAUAUUGAUGAGUUCUAUAGAUGGAUCCUUGAUGCUAGCGAGUUGCCCAUAAUCCAGGUGAUUGAGCAGAUCCACAGCAAACUAAUGGCUGAGUUCGAAGAACGGCGUUUGAAGAGCAAUUCAUGGCUUUCUGUACUUGCUCCGUCUGCUGAAAAACGAAUGAUAGAAGCCAUCAACCGUUCAUCUGCUUACCAAGUUCUUCGAUCUGAUGAGGUGGAAUUUGAGGUCCUCUCAUCAGAGCGAUCGGACAUUGUGAACAUUGGUACCCAUAGUUGUUCCUGCCGUGAUUGGCAGCUGCAUGGAAUACCAUGUUCCCAUGCGGUUGCAGCCCUCAUCUCAAGUCGAAAAGAUGUUUAUGCCUUCACCGAGAAGUGUUUUACUAUUGCUAGUUACCGUGAAUCUUAUGCUCAAGUGAUAAGCCCUAUCCCUGGAAAACUAGAAUGGAGAAAGACAGAUGAGGCUGCUGUGGAUGCCGAAACUCAGAUUGUACGGCCACCAAAGUUUCGGCGUCCACCAGGACGCCCUGAAAAGAAACGAAUUUGUGUAGAGGACCUCAAUCGUGAGAAACACACGGUACAUUGUAGUCGGUGCAACCAAACUGGUCACUACAAGACAACCUGCAAAGCAGAGAUUGUGAAUAGCAUUGAACAAUUCUAGGUGUCUAAUUUUGUACCAUACAGAACACCCAAGUCUAGUUUCCUGUUGUGUAGGAUAGAGCUGCUUUGUCUAGGUCAUACUUGUUACCUGGGCCUUGUAAAAUAGGUAAUCUUUAAUGUAACUUGAAAUGCAUGUGUAGUUGGAACGUUUUGGAAGUUAGCACUAAGCAAUUCCUGACUUUUAAUCAUUGUGUAUUUAGUCCUCAGGCUCAUUCGUUUUAUUAAUUUGAAU